AUGGGUUGGGGAGUGGGAUCAAAGGGCAGCCACGAGGCCGCCGAAGGGGGAAUCGGGGAGGUGAUGGGGCCCUGGGCACGUGCCCGCAGGGAAAAUCUGUUGUUUCUUUUCGUUGUCGCACUCACAACCUUUGUUUGCAAUGCGACAGACUGUAACAUCGACCAGCAACAGAACGGGAGAAAUACGGAAAGGCAAAAAUUUAUUGAAGUUCACAGCAAACUAAGGGAGAAUAUCGUCAAAGGCACAGCAUACCAAAGUUUAGGGAUUGUACCUACAGGAUCAAAUAUGUACGAUAUGACAUAUAAUUGCCGGAUGGAGUACGAUCUUCAGAAAGAACUGGACAAAUGCACUGGAAAAAUUACGAACUUUAAAGGGUAUGGACAAAAUCUAGCUAUAGUCUACAAUUCACCAGCAGCAGUCAAUCCGGUAGAUAAAAUAGACGACGUCUUGAAUUCAUGGAUAAACGCCGGUCGUAUAUAUGGGAUACAAAAUUCGGAAAAUAUGUACCUUGAUCCUCGCACGUAUACGUUUGCUAAUAUGGCUUACGCCAAGUCUCUGAGGUUUGGAUGCGCUUACGCACAAUGCGGUGCCAACGAAGCUCACAUAUCAUGCGUGUAUAACCUCAUAGGAGCCUAUGAAAACAACACCAUCUACGAGAAAGGAUCCCAGUGCACGAACGAUAGGGACUGCACAACUUAUCCGGGGUCAAGAUGCAAGAAACAGACGGGACUGUGUAUAUAUAAAGGAACACCACCGUGUUCAGGUGGUGGAACUAACACCAUGUGUCAAGGCAAUAAAGGUAUGACCGAUGAAGGAAGAAAGAAAGUUCUAGAAGCUCACAAUACUCGAAGAAGUCUUCUUGCAAGAGGUUUGGUACAGAAUGGCAAGAGCACAAGCAAAUUGCCUUCAUCAUUGUUUAUGCCAAAAAUGAUCUAUAACUGCGAGACCGAGGCUUCGGCGAUCGAAUACGCGAACGGUUGCUCAUUAAAGAAAUCGGAAGAGAGUACACGACCAGGAGUACGGAGAAAACGUAUACGUCUACCCAUUACCGAACGCAGACCCAGGGAUAAAAAAGAUUGUUGGCUGACUGCUGUCUACAAAUGCUCAGGAAAUUAUAAUCUCGUUUCCCGUGAUCUAUACGAGUUGGCAAAAUUAUUGGCAGCCACGAGCUGGUGGGAUCAGAUCACCAAAGAGGCAAUUGAUCGGCAAGUGACCUACAGUGUAAAUCUGAGGAACAAAGAAAUUGAUCAAUCAGCUUUUACUCAGAUGGCAUGGGCAAGUAGUGUGAGGCUCGGUUGUGCGAUACAAACAUGCUUCGCUAAAUCCUUCAUCGUGUGCCGAUACAGUCCAGCAGGUAAUGUUCUCAAGGAGCAAAUAUACAAACCAGGAGUGGUAUGCAAAGGAUGCCAAGCAGCAUGCAAAACAUCUGACGGACUGUGUGAUCUUUUCUGA